UACCAGACGGCCAGUCUUCCCGCAGAUCGCAACCUGCGUGGGCAAGAACCGAUCGUGAUCGAUCGCACGGUUUAAGCAUUCUUUAGGCUACUCGUCUUCUAUACGAGUCCGCGAGUUAUAAUAACGUUUGAUCCUCUAGUCAUUUUGGGGGAGAUCUGUAAUGAGAUAACGAUAGUGAAAAUUAUACGUUAUCGUGAUUUAACUGAUACGCGAUUAGAGAGAGAGAGAGAGAGAGAGAGAGAGAGAGAGAGAGGGAGAGAGAGAGAGAGAGAUAGAAAAAAAAUAAAGAAUAAAAAAGAAUAAUAAUAAAAAAAACACAAAAAAAAAGAAAAAAGAAUUUUCUUAAUCCAUCAUAUUGUAAAAUUUCUCUACAAAUAGGUCUAUCUUUCUUUUCGUACCGAUGCGAAUGCAAAGCACGAGGGGAUGGUGGAGCGUCCUCGGCAGUUUUGCCCUGAUUUUUCUCGCCAAUAUACGAUUAGCUUUCAGCGAAAAGGAUUCGGAGGGAAAAGUUCAUACGGAGGAAGCACGGCAACAUCUUUGCUGUGCGAGGCACGAAAAAAUGAUUGACGUCGGUUAUGGAAUAUCUGGAGAAGUCAUACAAAUCGAUAUUGGACAUUGUCGAAAGCUCUGUCCCCGAUACGUUUCCGACGAUCCUGGCGACGCUAGCAAACCGGCUGUUCAGAGAUGUUCGCAAGAGGGUCAUUGCCGGCCAAGAGCUGCUAGACUGGAAAGAGUAUCCACGUUGCAGGGAGUCCGUAUUAUUGAGGCUGUUGAUGCUUGCGAGUGUUCUUCAGAUUCCUCUUGUAAAAGAGAAUCAUAUACACAUCUUAUACAUUCUGGUACACCGUAUCAAGUCGUUAUUGAUGUUGGGGUUUGCAUAGGACACUGUGGCAAAGAUCUUGGUUGCAAACCUGUAAGAAAUAACACGGUCAGCGUUAAAGGACCAAAUGGAGACGAAGUUUAUCCGGUUAUCGAAAGAUGCAGCUGUGUUGGUAAUUGUCAUCGAAUGGAUCACAUGGAAACAGUGUUGGAUUUCAGUGAAGUUGAAAUUAAAGAGGGUACCAAUACUACCGAUGUCAAGCCCGUUGUUAGACAAAUUAAUGUUGGCCAAUGUGUCGGAGCUUGUCCUGGAAACGAAACAGAAACUUGUCUUUUACGGGACAAACGUGAGCCCUCGAGAUGUCUGGCUGGUCUUUAUUCCAAACAACAUACUUGCACACCGGCGAGAUUUAAAGUUCACGAGUACAGACACCUUAAAGAAAGUGCACUCGAUUGCUUCCCGAUUUCUAUUUUCCUUCUAAUCAAACGCAAGAUCAUAUCAAUGCAGACGCGAAGUGCAUUGUCGUUAUUGCUUGUGAUGUCGGCGAUGUCAUUGUCGACGUAUCUUCUUCCUGAAGCGGGCGCAUAUCCCUCAGAUCUUCUCAAGGAUGAUAAAGGUCAGGAAAGAAGGGGCCCGUCUUCGUCGCAUAGUGAACUCACUCAAGGAAAAGAGCUCGGUAACGAGAAACACCAAGACGAGUUGGAAAAGUUGCAAAAGAUCUUUGGUAUACGUGGCCAGGGCGAAAUAUCAGCCCACCGUAAGAUACCACCUCAGUUCAUGAUGGAACUGUAUAAUAUUAUCGCCGAUGAUAAAGGCGUCACACGAGGACGAAAUCCUUAUAAUGCUAAGAUCGUACGGAGUUUCAUCGAAAAGAAUACCUCCUUGCCUCAUUUCUAUUUUUUUAAUGUAUCCGGCCUUGAAGAAAACGAAUCGGUUUUGGAAGCCGAGUUACAUCUUUACAGAAAGAAAACGCCAACUAAAUCGAUGCAUCCUUUGACGCUUACGUCGCCGUAUUAUUCGAUAAGAGUCUAUCAAGUGUUAGAGAAAAGAAGUCUUGCUGUACCGAAUCUUCACAAGUUACUCAAUAUUCAUUAUGCUGGAAUACAUACUUCAGGUUGGCAGGUGUUUAACGUUAAAGAAGCUGUACUUUCCUGGUUCAGUGGUGAUCCAAAUCUUGGUCUCUUGGUGACGGUCACGACUUUGUUCGAUGAUGAAGUAAACAUCGAGUUUUCUCGACGAAAUGAAUAUCAUCAUAACAAGCAACCGAUCUUGGUUCUUUUUAACGACGAUGGUAAAGAACAACGACCUAGAAUGAAAAUCGUUCCGGAUUACUAUCCUUAUGGGAAUGACAAUAUCGACGAAGAUAAAUUACUUUAUGACGGUGUAAACGAUAAGAUUAACUUGAAGGAAGAGUAUGACGAACAUCUUCACAAACAGGAAAGACAGAGAGACGAGGUUGAAGGCACGUCAGGAAUAAAAAGACGCGAAAAAGAAUUUUUUUCAAGAGAGAAAAGAAAACAGGACGAGUCAGAUUCAACUUGGCGGGAAGAUUCCGUAGAACGUGAUCGACGUGAUACAAAAUUAACCAGAGAACGUCCUAAGAAGAUUAUCUCGCAUAAAACGAAGACGACGCAUGUUUUAACGUCGAUGGAUAUUUACAAGAGAGCCAUGCUUCGGGAGAAAUUAAAUAAGGUCUCCCAAAGAGGAGCUAGCAGGAAUCAACGUAGAGCGAGAAGAUCAACAAAACAAAAUGUUUUGUUGGGUUACAAAAACACGACUAUCUGCUCGAGACACGAGCUUUACGUCGAUUUCGAAAAAAUUGGACUAUCUUCAAACAUAAUUGCGCCUAAAGGAUACUCUGCAUAUCAUUGCAAAGGUCUUUGCGAGCCACCGCUGAGCCAAAAUCAACAACCAACAAAUCAUGCCACCGUACAAAGUAUUAUUCAUAAGAUGGGUUUGGUGGAAGGCGUUGAAAUGCCUUGCUGUGUACCAACGAAGCUAUCUAGCACCAGUAUGCUUUUCUACAACGAUAACGAAAACGUUGCUUUGAAAAUAUACGAGGACAUGAUAGCUGAACAUUGUGGUUGUCAUUAAUCGAAUAAUCGAAUUGUUUCGAUCGAAAAUUGUUGCUCGAUAUUUUCCUGAAGAGUCCAUGUCAAAAGGACACACAGAUUAGUGAUCGUACGAACGAUUCGUGAGUGUUCUUCAGGAUUUCAAGAAUUAUGACUAAGAAAAUAGAUUAAAUGUUGUAUAUUUUGGGUUCUCGUUGGUUCUUUUAAGUACUUACGUCCUCCUGAAAGAAAAAUAAAAGAAAAUUAUUAUUUUUA